GGGGUUUCAGAGGCAGGGCAGGGCGGCUAAGCUACUGGGGUCACCUCCUCAUCUGUUGCAUGCCCCAGCAGAGCCAUCCCCAGGGCAGACGCCUCUUGCCCUGCGCUGCUGGAGGCUGUCACCAUGACCCUCACCAAAGGCUCCUUCACCUACUCCAAUGGGGAGGAGUACCGUGGCGAGUGGAAGGAAGGUCGCAGGCAUGGCGUUGGGCAGCUGACGUUUGCCGACGGCACCGCUUAUGUGGGGCACUUCGAGAAUGGGCUCUUCCACGGCUGUGGCAUGCUCACCUUCCCUGACGGCUCCAGGUACGAGGGGGAGUUUGUGCAGGGCAAGUUCAACGGUGUCGGCGUCUUCACCCGCUGCGACAACAUGACCUUUGAGGGCGAGUUCAAAGGCGGGCGUGUGUACGGCUUUGGUCUCCUGACCUUCCCCGACGGCUCCCACGGGGUGCCCCGUAAUGAGGGCUUCUUCGAGAACAACAAGCUGCUGCGGCGGGAGAAGUGCCCAGCCGUCAUCCAGAGGGCCCAGGGCGCCUCCAAGUCUGCCCACAACCUGACAGCAUGACGGUGCCCACUGCAGUGGGGACCUCCCCACCGGGCACUGGCUGGCCUCGCCAUCCCCGGAGCAGGGAUGCAGCACUGCUGGGUGGCCCCCCUGCCCUCUGCCCUCUGGCCACCCAGCCUUGGCGGGGCUGGGGGUCCGCACCAAGCCCCCUUGCUGAACCCCUGCCGGUGGGGGGGAUGGGGCCCCCUGCUCUCCACCCAAGUGCCCCAGGGCGGCCAUGGUGCCUUCUCUCUCUGGCUGUAGCCCUGGCACCCACUGGAGCAGCCGGGGCCCAGCCCCUCUGCCCCCUCGGGAAGGCUGCGGACCACCAGGGCUGCCAGCCCGCCACAGGGGAUGGAGCAGGGGUGCAUGGGAUGGGGCUGGGCCCCAACCCCACUGCCAGGAUGCCUUGGCCAUGGACUGCUGGCUGGACCACGUGCCUGCAGAGGGGCAGCUCCUGGCCCGCUUUGCUACCCUGGUCCUGAGGCAGGGUGGGCACCCUGUGGCCUGCGCCCUCAGCUCUGGGUGACCAGCCAUCCCCUCUGCGUGCCCUGGGCAGGAUGACAUGGUGCCCCCGAAGGACCCGGCCUGCUCUCGGGGCCAGCCGAUGGGCUGUGUACCCCUCAUCCCUGUUGCAAAUCCAGCCCACCCACUGCCUUGGGGACAUCUGCAGCAGCAUCCUUGCCAAGGGGGACUGGGGGACACCCA